UUUCAGUUUGAUAAAAAGAUUAAAUCUUGGGUGUUGAUGUCGAUUGGAAAAAAAUGGAGGGACUGGAAGUGCGAACUGAAGAAAUUCCACUACUCGCCUCAUGAUAAUGAUGAGGCACGGCUAGCAUACCUCAAUGAGCGUGUCCAUAUGGAUCAGUGGAAGGCCCUCAUUGAGUUUUGGAACUCUGAAGAGGGAAAGGCCCGUAAUAAGAUAAAUAUGGAAAAUCAGAGAAAACAACGCAUUGGCCACGCUGCAGGCACGAAGAGCUUUGCGCGAAUAUGUGAAGAAGAGAGAAACAAGAGGGCCAAUGGGGAGGAUUUGACCCGAGUAGAUAUGUUCUUAUUGACACAUAGACGCAAGAAUGGGAUGCCUGUAGAUGAGGCCUCAGCAAGAGCAAUGGAACAAUUAAAUGAACGAACUUCACAGCAGCCAGAGGCUUCACAUAACAGCACUGCGAGAAAAGAUAUAUUCUCGGAAGUCGUGGGUGACGAAUGACAUGGCCGUGUCUGCACUUACGGGUUAGGUCCCCCUCCUUCUGAUAUAUGGGGCACAACAUCCCACAGUGUCCAAUCCCAAGGGAUGACCUCCAAUGCUCAGAAGAUAGAUGAACAAUAUGAGGAUUUGCAUGCUAAAAUAUCUUCCCUAAGAGAAACUAUGGCUGAUAGAGAUGCUCAAAUAUCUUCACUAAGAGAAACUAUGGCUGAUAGAGAUGUUCAAAUAUCUUCACUAAGAGAAACUAUGACAACAUUGAUGGCAGCCAUAACGAAUCCAAGCAUUAAUCUAGCUACAUUAUUAGGUGUUUCAGCUAAUCCUAACUUGAACCAACCCUCAUCAUCAUCAAGCCACUUGGUUCCAACCCCUCAGAGAGACUUGGCGAAUAAGGGGAAUUCUACAAGUUGCACUAAUGUGACUCAAGUUCUUCUUAAGAGUAUUGUAAGGCCUGGGGAUACUGUAGCUAAAGGAAUCGUUUUGAGCACGGAUCCAUUGACAAAAGUAGGGGGACAAAAACUUGGAGUUGGUUUCUGGGAAGUAACUGUUCAAGUGGCAAUGGUACGUGAUGAGGAUUUGAUAAGAACCCAUGGACGAUAUAAAACAAUUGGGGAUGCAAUUGGAACGAGUAUUGCUUGGCCCACUACUUUAUGUAUGGUUGCAGAUAGAAAUGGAUGAUGACUACAUGAGAGAAGUUUUUAUUAAGUAUUUGGAACUGUAAACAUCUUUUGUAAGUAGGGGUAGUAGGGAUCUGUGGUUUCAGACUUUUGGAUUGAGUUAGACACAUCUAAACAGUUUAUUUUUAUCUUAGUUUAAUUAUAGAGGGCACAUCUAAACUUAUCUAAUCUCUUUAAUUUAAUCUUAGUUUUAUAA